AUGGUCCUUCGUGUAGAGGCGGGGCCACAGAUUCGGUCAGAACUGGUCCAUGGCCUUGGGGACAUCGGGGAACUCACUAAACUUCCCACCACCGGAGGAGCUCGAAUCUUUCCCCAUGGACCCGAAGCAGUUUCACCGCGAAGCGAUCCAUCGCUUGAAUCGCUUGAGGACACAGACGUUGCCCGUUCCACCAAAGAGUCGGAGGACGCCAUCCUCGAGGGCCUGAAAUGGUGCGGCAUCACCUGGGACGAGGGCCCCGAUGUGGGCGGCAACCAUGGGCCCUACCGCCAGUCCGAGCGCAUUGAGGCCGGCAUUUACAAGGAGCAGUUGGAGAAGCUCAUCGCCGGGGGGCACGCCUACCGAUGCUUCCUCUCUCCCGAGGAGCUUGAUGAGAUGAGAGCUGAAGCGGAAAGGAACGAUCAGGCCUUUGUGCUUCAAAGCCCCUGGGCCAAUGCAUCGGAGGAGGAGGUGCAGGCAAUGAUCGACCAGGGCAAGCCCUACGUUUACAGAUUCAGGGUGCCAUUUGACAGGGAGAUCGUUAUUGACGACCUGGUUCUUGGAGAGGUGAUAUGGAAUUCCGAUGAUCUCGGCGGCGACUUUGUGAUUGUGCGGCAAAACGGGAUGCCAAUGUACAACUUUGGGGUUGUGGUGGAUGAUGCCUCUAUGCACAUCACGCACGUUCUCAGAGCCCAGGAGCACCUCAUGAACACCCCUCGGCAAUUCCUGAUGUACGAGGCUUUGGGGCUCAAGGUGCCGACCUUUGCGCACAUGCCGCUGAUUCUAGCUCCGGAUCGAACAAAGCUGUCGAAAAGACAUGGGGCUGUCUCUGUCGGCGAGUACCAGAAGCGUGGCUACCUACCUUCGGGCAUGGUGAAUUACUUGGCGCAGUUGGGAUGGAACGACGGCACAAAGCAGGAGAUCUACACCUUGGAAGAGCUCAUGAGCGCCUUCAGAAUGAACCGCAUGAGCAAGGUGGCGGCCAUCUUCGAUGCUGACAAGUUCAAGUGGGUCAACGGACACCAUGUGAGAAGACUGACUGACGACGAGGCGCUGUCACUGAUUGGAAACGAGUUGAAAGAUCACGGUCUCGUCAAGGAGGUGUCUGGUCCGUUUGUGCAGAAAGCUUCGCAGCUGCUGCGGGAUCGAAUCAGCACCCUCACAGAAGCAGUUCAGGAGCUGGAGGCUAUGCUGCACUUCGACCUGGAGGGAAUGAAGUCCUCAGACGUGGCGAAGCCAUACAUCGAGGAUGGCUCUCUGCUGGAGACGGCGAAGCUGCUGCUCAAGUUCAAGGACGAGGGCGACUUUGAUGCCGUGGGAACUGAUCCUAAGGCAAUUCAGAAAGUGGCCAAGAAGAUGAGCGAGGCGCGGGGAGGCGUGAAGAAGAAGGCUCUCCUGGUGCCUUUGCGAUUAUGCUUGACCUCUGCAGCCUCAGGUCCUGACAUGAACAUUUUUUUCGAGAUGAUCAAGGAAGCGGAUGACAAUGUCCUUUGCAAGUCAGCCGGGGCCCAUCACACUCCGCAGCUAUGGCACAGCUUGCACCGCUUGCUAGCUGUCGUGAAGGUUUCAUUGGAAGAGCGCUUGGACCUGCUCAGCAAGUUUCAACCUUGGCUGGAGAUUGCCAGGGUGUACUUGGCGACUUGGGGCGCACACAGCCACGACUUGCUGAGGAAUGGCAACGGCAAGGAGGAAGACAGCAAGCAGGACUUGCAGAGUGAUGAGGCUUUGCGUGCGCAAAGCCAACGCUUCACCGAUUUCAUCACAACGGGGAAGCGGCUCUUUAUCGUUGCCGAACUUCGAGAGCCUGCUGGCACAGACAAGCUUUGUGCUUUCAUCAGCUACGGGCCGAGCUAUGCACGCCAGGGCUUUGGCGAGGUGAUGCAGCUCUUUGUGCAUCCCAACUUUCAACGCAAAGGGCUGGGAACACGACUUCUGAUGGCAGCGUGGACUCAGAUGCGAAGCAAGGAGUGGGCCUCUUUGGGAUGCCACGUUUGGUGCACCAAGAGCAACCCCGCCAACCGGGUCUAUGAGCAGGCCGGAUGGUUCCAAACAGGCAAGGAGAAAUGCCUUCACCCCACACUGGGCAAGGAGCCUGUGGAAGUGGAGGAAUACGAAGCUCCUGCGGUGGUUCCUUCGGCACAGUCGAGGCUAUCCGCGUUCCUUCAGGCGUUGCUGCCCUGCUGCCAAUUCUGCAGCUGCUGCAAAGCAGUGAACGGCAGAAACGCCACCAUCUCUUGA